UUCUUCUGUACAGCAAAACCCCCAAUAUACUCUGCUUAAACCCUAACCUGUGAACUUUCUCUCUCCCACCCUUGCAUUUCACUUCACUUUGCCACAACAACAAUAAGAAGUCUUUCAAUGGCACGUCUAAUCCGACCCUUUUUUAGAAAAACCCUUUCUUCUUCUUCUUCUUCUUCUUCCGGGGCCCUUCUAAUCUGCCGUCUUCAGCCACUACCACAAGAACCCCUUCUCAAAACUAUUGGAAACUCUCUACUUCAAACCCAACAUAGAACUUACAUCACCGAAAUGCGCAAAUUGGCCUUCGAAGAAAACAUUCUCAGACUCCUCCGCAACGAGAUCCAAUACGAGCUCGAACGCUCCCCUCCCACCCAGCCUGUUGCAAAAUUUGAUUCAUUCACAGUUGAUUCCCGGCCUGGAGAGCAGUGGAUUAGAUUGAAAAGAAAAAUUGGAGAUGAAGACAUUAAAGUGGAAGUCACCAUGUUUGAUGGAGCCAUUCCUACUGCGAAAUCAGGUGGUGGCACUGGGGAUGAAGUCCAACUUCACAUUACCUUGAUUGUCAAUAUCAGUAAAUGCAAAGAUGUUGAUGUCUUGGAGAUCACGUGCUCGGCUUGGCCAGAUAGUAUAGAGAUUAACAGGCUUUUUAUACGCCGUGGUGAUAAGAUGCCAGCUCAGCCUUAUGUGGGGCCUGAAUUCAAGGAAUUGGAUGAUGAGUUGCAAGACUCGCUUUACAAAUUUUUGGAAGCAAGGGGUAUAAAUGAUGAACUUGCUGUUUUCGUACAUCAAUACAUGAAGAACAAAGAUAAAACUGAGUUUAUUAGAUGGAUGGGAACUGUGAAAUCGUUCAUUGAAAAGCAAGUGAAGUGAUUUGUGAUUGGUUUUGCAAUGCUGUGGAUGAGAUUGCUCCUUGGGUCAUAUGUGCGUUUUCCCAUGGAAAUUUCAAUGUAAUAUGUUGCUUUUGGCAGCCACUAAUGAGGGACCUGCUACGGUGCUAGCAUAAACAAUUUUGUCGAGAUGUCUGCUAAGCUUCAUGCAGGAGUCAUUUGAGUAACAAUUUCGUCACCAUGGAAGAAAUUACUUGAUUCUUUUGCUAUGCCUUUAUGUUUAUGACUACUAAAAACUCUUUGAAGUGAUGGGUUAAAGAUUAACUUGAGUUCCCUUAUACUUGGGAGCAUUGCCUUUCUAA